CUUCUCAAAGUGCCCUCACGCUCUCACCACAAACCUUCUUCCAUGGAUCAUCACAAAAAGGGUUCAGCAGAGGUAGAGUUUUUUACCGAGUAUGGAGAGGCAAGUAGGUAUGAAGUCCAAGAAGUGAUUGGAAAAGGGAGUUAUGGUGUUGUGUGUUCUGCUAAUGACACUCACACUGGGGAAAAGGUUGCAAUAAAGAAAAUCAAUGAUGUUUUUGAGCAUGUAUCAGAUGCCACAAGAAUUCUUAGAGAAAUUAAACUCCUUCGAUUGCUUCGACAUCCUGAUAUAGUUGAAAUCAAGCAUAUAAUGCUUCCACCUUCAAGAAGAGAGUUCAAGGAUGUCUAUGUUGUGUUUGAGUUGAUGGAGAGUGAUCUUCAUCAAGUAAUUAAGGCAAAUGAUGAUCUUACUCCUGAGCACUACCAAUUUUUCUUGUACCAACUUCUUCGGGGCCUAAAAUUUAUACAUACGGCAAAUGUGUUUCAUCGUGACCUGAAGCCAAAAAAUAUUCUAGCUAAUGCUGAUUGCAGACUAAAAAUAUGUGAUUUUGGGCUUGCUCGAGUUUCAUUUAACGAGGCUCCAUCAGCUAUAUUCUGGACUGACUAUGUUGCAACUCGGUGGUAUCGUGCACCUGAACUUUGUGGUUCUUUUUUCUCAAAAUAUACCCCAGCAAUUGAUAUUUGGAGCAUUGGAUGCAUAUAUGCAGAAAUGCUCAGUGGAAAACCAUUGUUUCCUGGGAAAAAUGUGGUGCACCAAUUGGAUCUCAUAACUGACUUGCUUGGUACUCCUCCAGCUGAAACCAUUUCGAAGAUCCGAAAUGAGAAAGCUAGAAGGUACCUUAGUAGCAUGCGAAAAAAGCAACCAGUUCCAUUCUCUAAAAAAUUUCCAAAUGCAGAUUCAUCGGCUCUUCAUUUACUAGGGCGGUUACUUGCAUUUGAUCCCAAAGACCGUCCAACAGCUGAAGAGGCACUAAGUGAUCCUUAUUUCCAUGGUUUGUCAAGUGUGGAUCGUGAGCCAUCCACUCAACCUAUUUCAAAAUUUGAGUUUGAGUUUGAGAGAAAAAAAUUGACCAAAGAUGAUGUUAGAGAGUUGAUUUAUCGAGAGGUAUGCCCUUACAUUUCAAUGACACAGAUUUUAGAGUACCAUCCCCAAAUGCUCCAAGAAUAUCUUCAAGGUGGAGAUCAAACAAGCUUUAUGUAUCCAAGUGGAGUUGAUCGAUUCAAGCGACAAUUUGCACAUCUUGAAGAGCAUUACAGCAAAGGUGAACGAAGCACUCCAAUAUUGUUGAGACAUCAUGCCUCCUUACCUAGAGAACGAGUUCCUAAUUCAAAGGAUGAAAAUAAUCAAGACAAUGAUGCUGAAAAUCCAAUUGGAUUAAAUGCUCAAAGUUCUCCAGGGUCUGAUGUGAUAGAUUCUGGAAACUACAGUGCACGUAGCCUGUUGAAGAGUGCCAGCAUUAGUGGUUCAAAGUGCAUAGAUGCGAAACAAAAUAAAGAUGCAGAGGAGUCAAUUGCAAAGGUCAAUGAUGAGACCAUGGAUGAGUUGAUAGAGAAGGUUGCUGCCGUACCUGCUUAG